UGCUGGCUACGUUCUAAGCAGGGAAACUCUGAGGAUCUAUGGCAACGUAACUUAUCACAAUAACUCACUUUGCCCGAUGGGUCACCACGGAGGAGAAGACGUGACGUUAGGAAAGUGUCUUACUAAGUCAGGAAUACUUUUAGGAGAUACCAGGGAUGAAUUGGGCAAGCACAGGUUUCACCAGAAACCCCCAGUGGAUUACAUAAAAGGGAUAUGGGAGAAAUGGUACCCAAAUACGAUGAUUUACACUUAUGGUAAGGGAAUCGACAGCCUAUCAGAAACGGCAGUAUCUUUCCACAACCUGAAAGAUGAGUCUGAUCUCUACACCCUCGAGUUUUUCAUCUACAGACUACAGCUCUUUGGCGUCAGUGGCAGAUUCAAGGGACCUCAGAUAGCGCCUCUCCCACCUGAUAUCAGUGGUAUUCCCGUGCAGGUCCUGAAGCGGUUCCAGAGAGCGGAGGUGAACGAGAGUCGAAGUAAGAGAGAGGAAAGAAGCUCAUGAAAUGAAUUCGUGAAAACACUUUCUGAUUCCAUCUUUAUCAGUAAAGUGCUGUGUCUGUUCUCCUGUUAAGUGUUUGAUAUUAAUGAUGAUAAAAGCAACGACCCCGAUGAUGACGAAAGUAUAUAUUUCUAUGAUAAAUCAUGAUACAAGAAUGUUUAAAGUAUCUUUAUUAUUGUCUUUAACUUCAGUAUCCAUUAUUUGUAUUGUAAGCUAUUGCAGUCGUAGCACUGGCUUUAGUAGCAGUGUUAAAUGAUCUGAGAUGGACAUAUUGGAAAAGUGAGACGAAGUAAAACAAGAGACUCAUUACCUUCAUUAUUCCUAUUUGCAUCCUGAGAGGCAAAGUACGUUGUUCUCUUGUCACGAAGCUUGAACUUUACGUAAUAAACUGCCCAAAGUCAGGCUAGAGUCCUUUCAGGUCAUGCUUACCAUUUAAUUUGAUUUUAUGUAAUUAAGAGACCCAGAAUGUUCAGAUGACCUCACAGUUGCACUAGGAAUUAAGAGACCCAGAACGUUCAGAUGACCUCACAGUUGCACUAGGAAUUAAGAGACCCAGAAUGUUCAGAUGACCUCACAGUUGCACUAGGAAUUAAGAGACUCAGAAUGUUCAGAUGACCUCACAGUUUCACUGGGAAUUAAGAGACCAAGAAUGUUCAGAUGACCUCACAGUUGCACUAGGAAUUAAGAGACUCAGAAUGUUCAGAUGACCUCACAGUUUCACUGGGAAUUAAGAGACCAAGAAUGUUCAGAUGACCUCACAGUUGCACUAGGAAUUAAGA